AAAUGUCACCAGAAAAUACAAAUCAAACAAAACAACUAAAGAACACUUUUAGAUUCAACAUUGCUUAUAAUUUAUUAUUGAUUUAAAUGCGAGUCUAAAUGCUGUUUAUUGUCUUAUUUUUAACACUAAAAUAUUUUUUAACUGUGAUAAUAAUGUUCCUGAAGUUUAAAGUACUAAAUAUAAAAUCCAAUUACAUAAACAAAAAAAAAGUCAUGCGUUAUUGGAAUUUGUAGACAAGUAUAACAUUCGAUUUUAUUGCAAAAUUCUGAGGACUAUAAUAAAAUUAAUAUAUCUACUAGACCAUUGGUUUUUUUUCAUUUAAAUUAUUCUUAUUAAUUUUAUUCCGCGGCCAUCAAUGGGUUAACAAUAAAUUGUAGUUAUUACAGAGAAUGUAAUUUACAUGAGUUGUGCACUCAUCAAAUACAAUAUCGUAUAAAAUAAGCUAUUAAAUAGUUUUAAUUAAUAAUGUUUAGAUUUUGCUGAACGGUUUUGAGUUGAGUAGAAAUUUCAGUGUGGCUUUAAGGCUGCGUGGGUCUGGAUUUAGGAUUUCGGAAAAGUGAUUUAACUGCAAGAGCGUUUCCCUCCUCCACACUGUUAUUUGUUAUACUACAAAACUCUAGUCUCUACGUACGGUAUCCCAGGAAGUUCAUUAAAUUGUUGUGAAGUAUUUGUAUCCAUAGAAACCAGAGUUCCAUUUAAUCAGUAUAACGCAACACUCACUAUUUUAAUACCAAUAAGUCUUACCAAAGAACACACAAUAUAUUACAAUUAUCAUAAAAAAACAUUAAAAUGUCUGUAAAUGCAAGUGAUAAUUUAUCAAUUGAAAAAGAAUUGAAAAUUGUAGUGAUAGGAGAACCGUCUACAGGAAAGAGUUGUAUCGUGUCUAGAUAUUGCCACGAUGAUUAUACAAGACAAUAUAUACCAACGUGUGGCGUAGAAUUUUAUUUAAAAAGAACACAAAUCCAAGGUCAUAAUGUCAGAAUCAAUAUUUGGGAUACAAGUGGAUCAUCUAAUGGACUGUUAACAAAAUACAUUUAUAACGCUGAUGCAAUCAUACUAGUGUAUGAUAUAACUGACUGUGUUUCGUUUACGGCUGUGUCAACUUGGUACAAUAAAGCAAUAAGUGUUCAAUAUGAAAAUGUACCAACUUUCGCUUUAUUUUCAAAUAAAUGUGAUUUAGAACACAAAAGAUCAGUUGCUGAAGAAAAACAAAUAUUAUUUUCAAAAGAAUUUAAAAUACCGAUUUCUCAAUCAGUAUCUGCACGCACUGGUGAAAAUAUAAUGUUUGCUUGGCAACAGUUAGUGGCCGAAUGUUUGGGAUUAAAACUUUCGAAGUUUGAUUUAGAACAACAUUUAGUGAGACCUGUAAAAGCAGAAAUCGAAACUACAAUCAAUCAGUAUAAAACUAUGAUGUCGAAUCAACAGCAAAAUAUGUCAUCUACAAUUUGUGUCAUUCAAUAGUCGAAUAUUGUAUACAAUAAUUAACAACUUAAUGAAGUUAUGUUAAGUGAAUUUUUUUUUGUGGUUGGUUUAAUAAAAUCAAAUUUAAAUUUAAUUAAAACAAUACAAACGAAUACGAACAUAAUAAAAUAUUAAGAAAAUGUGUUUCCAUUUAUUAUUUGAGAGAACUGAACGAGAUCAUUUAUAAUUAUAAUUUGUUGUAUUAUUA